UCGAUCAGUAGCCAGCUGGCGUGACUCCGCCCAAACAAGUCACUCCAGUACACAUAUCUAACGCAUAUGUAUUACCGUAGUUUGGCACGCGCAUUUACGCUCGGUGCUGAGACCAAAUCCGCGCUCACGCACGAAAUCCAUUUACAGUCCGGUAGUAGAGAGGGCCUGGUCGGUACUCUGCUCCGUCAGUCAAACAAUCCGCUCGGUUAAAGCCUCGGACAGACGUUAAACCGUGCUGAAGGCGGCGGCGGUUCCUCGGUGAAAUACUCUGACAGAGCAGGAGCGGUUUGGAGAGGAAGAAUGGCGGAUUCGAGCAGCACCGCAGCGGUCGGGGCCGCAGGCUCCAACAGCGCUGCUGCCGCUGCUGCCGCUGCUGGGGCGGCUGGGGCGGCUGGCACUGUUGCGCAUGAUGGAGCGCCCGGAGCUGCGGGACCCAAAUCCGGGUCCGAGUCCGUGAAGGGCCAAAUCUUUGACGUGGGCCCCCGCUACACGAAUCUGUCGUACAUCGGGGAGGGGGCAUACGGAAUGGUGUGCUCUGCCCUGGACAACAUGACAAACCAGCGCGUUGCCAUCAAGAAAAUCAGCCCUUUUGAGCACCAGACGUACUGCCAGCGCACGCUGAGGGAAAUCAAGAUCCUGCUGCGUUUCCACCAUGAGAAUAUCAUCGGCAUCAACGACAUUCUCAGGGCACGGCACAUUGACAACAUGAGGGAUGUCUACAUUGUGCAGACUCUGAUGGAGACGGACCUGUACAAGCUGCUGAAGAGCCAGAGGCUGAGCAACGACCACGUGUGCUACUUCCUCUACCAGAUCCUGCGAGGCCUCAAGUACAUUCACUCGGCCAACGUGUUGCACCGUGACCUCAAACCCUCCAACCUGCUCAUCAACACCACCUGUGACCUCAAGAUCUGUGACUUUGGCCUGGCACGGAUAGCCGACCCUGAGCACGACCACACAGGUUUCUUGACCGAGUACGUGGCUACACGUUGGUACAGGGCUCCAGAAAUCAUGCUCAACUCAAAGGGCUACUCUAAGUCCAUUGACAUCUGGUCAGUGGGCUGCAUCCUGGCUGAGAUGUUGUCCAACAAGCCUAUCUUCCCCGGGAAACACUACUUGGACCAGCUCAACCACAUACUGGGCGUCCUUGGCUCUCCAUCUCAAGAAGAUCUGAAUUGUAUCAUCAACAUGAAGGCGAGGAACUACCUGCAGUCUCUGCCCGAAAAACCCAAGAUCCCCUGGGAAAAACUCUUCUACAAGUCGGACUCAAAAGCUCUGGACCUGCUGGGCCGCAUGUUGACCUUUAACCCCAUCAAGCGCAUCAGCGUUGAGGAAGCCCUGGCUCACCCUUACCUGGAGCAGUACUACGAUCCCACAGAUGAGCCGGUAGCAGAGGAGCCCUUCACUUUCUCUAUGGAGCUGGACGACCUUCCCAAGGAGAAGCUGAAGGAACUGAUCUUUGAGGAAACGGCUCGUUUCCAGGAAACCUACCAAGGCUCCUGAGACACACAGCCCUAAAGAGUGACAAAGCCAUGCAGAGGCUCGGAACAAGAAGGCUCCAAACGACAUGCUAAAACUAAAAGAAAAAUGAAUCUUCAAGAAACCAACAAAAAGAGAAAACAAGAAAUAUGAACAUUUAACUGCUUAUCUUUCCAUUUCUACUGCAAGAGAGAGCUAAGUUUAACUUUGAUUUCUGUGGUUGGGUGGGGUGGUUAGGGUCUGUCGUACUCGUACUGUUUCAGUUUUGUCCAUGUUGGACUCUCCCUCCUCUCGCCUCACAUUAGUUUUCUCACCCUGUCCCAUCUGCAGUUACUCACUGCCCAUCUCCUCUCCUCCUUCUCUCCUCAUCAAACCCCCUCUGUUCAUCUCUCCUGCACCUGUCGCUGAUCUGUCUGUCCUUUCUGUCGCUCCCUCUCAUAUAAACACAUACUACUGUAUUAACCAACACCGUAACUCUCUUGUCUUGCUCCAUGUAAAUUACAACCUGGAAAAAAUCGAGGGCUAAAAGAACGGGGAAGCUAAUCGGGUGUGUGUAUGUAUAUACAAAAAAUAUAAAAGCUUUUUUUUUUUUUUCUUUUUAAGUGUGCUUGUCGCAGUUUUCAUUUGUAUACCGUUGUUUGAGUGUUUUCGGAUCAGUUCAGAGUCGUAUUUGUAUGUUUUGGGGUUUAUAUUUGCAAGUCAUUUUUGAACACUUGAUUUUGAGACAAACAUUCAGUGUUUUUACUGGCAUGUUGGCAGGUUUAUAGAUUUCUUUGGUGUUGCUUUUUUUUUGUAAAAAAAAAACAAAAAAAAACUGUGUAUGAUGUUCAUAUGAAUGCAUGCAUUCCUGAAAUUUACCAAAGUGGCAGAGAGAUGCAAGGAACUUGGCUGGGGAGCAACUAAGGAAUAUCAGUUUUUACCUUAACUACAUUUCUUGACCUACAACUCGUAUCAAGGGCAGACAAACUGAACUGAACCGAACAGCUACAUAUUCAGGAGGCGCUACAUGUUUGGAACCAAUCGGAUCGAAGCAAAGGGCAUAAAAUAGUUUCCAUCAUUGCAUGUUCAUUCAGAUCCUAAAACUGUGAUGCCUUAUCCCCAUUUUCCAGAACACUCAUGGUGCUCUGUGCCACAUCAAAACAACUCUUACAAAUUACCACCAAAUUAUAAGAAUCAGAGGCUUUAAACACCAAAAACAAAACAAGGUAAAUGAUGUAAGACACUGGUAUAACAUUACUGUAUUGUCCACAUUCGGGCCUGUAACAUCACUUCUCCAUUAAAUACAACCAACAUCUAAUAGCUGCUCCAGUGUCAGUAUUACUUUGUUAUAUUAAAUUACAUUCCUGUAACAAAUAAAUAGCACCUGACCGGUGAACUGCUCAUCUCACCAUAGAAGCGCUCUGUCGUUCCUGAGCUCCUCUGAAUUCUAAUUUUCUUCCAUUUUCAAAACCAUUUUUAGGGAACACCUGUUCUGGAAAAGGGGGGUCUGGUUUACAUCAGCCUUUCCAUCGUGCAAUGCUGUGGGUUUUUUUUUUUUUUAAUUUUGUUUUGGACUGCGUUCCCAUCUGCUGUUGUUUGAUGUGGGACAACCUGAAGGCCCAACUUUAUAUUCAUUAAUUCAAGCGGCCAUACUCAAAUGCAGUCAGAUUACAAUCAGUUCGGCCUGCAUAUCUUUUUCACGGCAGACAUUUUGACUUUGUCACAGCAGGAAAGAGCACAGGUGAAAUAAGUUAUGUCGGACAAUGACUCCAUUCUCUUAAAUGUCACUGUAAAUCAGUCCAGCGAUCCAGCACACACGGUAACAGGACCCUGUCACUGGCUCAUCUGAAUGGAAUGUCAUCUUUAUUAAUGUUCUUAGUAACACCUGCUUUUCCUGCUGCGACACGCCACGUCUGCCGUGGGAAGAGGCAAGAGUUGAAUGUAACUGGCCGUGAAUUUGUGGAGUCUGUCGCCGCUGCUUAGAGCUCCUCAGUUGCGAACUUUUACGAGAACAAGCGCCUCCUUCGGGACUCCUGAGGAAACUGCACACGUUACUGAUAAAGCAAAAACAAAAACGGUCACACCCAGGAAUGUCCCAGGAGGAGUGCCUGUACAGGUUACUCCUGCCCAAGCAACCAUUAUCACUUCAUGGUUGUACUGUAGUAUAUCCCAGUUUACCCCUCUCUGCCCAGUUUUCUUUUUCGUGCUCCUGCUCCCUCCUCCCUCCUCCCUUUGCCUAUGUGUGUGUGUUUUCCUUUUAACAUACUGGAUGUACAUUCUUUGAUGUAGGUGUUACAGUGAGAUGGCUGCAUAUGUGUACUAUCUCUGUGUUCAUAGUUCCUGUCAGUGUCUGCUCCCUCCUCUCUGUGACCGUACUAAUUGCUGCUUGGUGGAGCACCAGCUUAGUCACCAGCUCAGUCUGCACUAAUUUUUUGCCUGUUGCACUGGGACCAGUAAGAGACACCACUACCCCCCCCCACCCCCAAAAAAAUGGACCAACACAUGCACUGGAUGGUCUCUCUCAGGGCACGGCAUCACAGGCUGUUCUCUCAGAAGCCAUAGCCAGCACUCUGGGAUGGAUCAGUGUGAGGCGUUUUGGUGCAUGUGGUGACACGCUUUUCCGUUUUGUUCGCCCCUCCCGACUCUCGCCACGCUUUACUCAAAGGGCUGCCCCCCCCCCUUCUGUUUUUAUGUACUCACCCAUUUUUCUGUGCAUCUGCACCAUGGGAUUGGUGAAGACCUUCUAACCCAUAUUACUGACUUUGCCAUCGCUUUGCCUCCUCCCUCCCUCCUCGGGAAAAUCACUGUUCCUCACCUGAAUCAGAGAUCAUGGACAGUCAUACAAAGCAGGAAGACUCGCUCCAAUCACAUGACUCAAUCAGCACACCGGCACUUUGUCUUUCCAGCCACGCUUUGUUCCCCCUUCAAUGUUGUUGAUUUCAGUUGGUGUCUCCCCUCCCCCCGUCUCGUAUCCCGCUCGAUCAGCUUUAAGUUUCACCUGUUGUGUGUAUUAAGACUCAUGGAUCGUCUGCAGUAAUUUAUGUGUGUAAAAGUGUUUGUGUAUCUGCUCAUCAGUAACAUAAAGCCAAGACUCUUUUUGUCCUGUGUGAGUGUGAGUGUGUGUGUUGGAAGUGUGUAUUCUUUCCUCACAGCUUUGGGCCCUCUCCCUGCAGUUACCUGUGCUUUUACAUCUGUGCAACUGUUUGUUUUUUUUCCUUUUCUUUUUGACCAACACAAAAACAGUCUCACAGAUAUUUUCGAUGUAUUUCUUAUGUAAAGCCGGUCACCAGUUGAACAGGCCCUGCUUGCUUUUUGUUGUUGUUUUUUUUUUUUUUUUUUCUCCGACCUGCCACCAGACCAAACAUCUCACUGGGUAACCAUGGGAACGAACCAAGAGGACCAUAUUUUGCAAUCCUCCUGACACACUCACACACAUACUUCUCUCUCUCUGUAUAGAUGGGGAGUGGAUCUGUGUGUGUUUGUGAAAAGUUGCACUUAAACGCACCACAUACAUUCACACAGUAUCGACAAGUCUAAAGGCCUGUCUGUCACGAGGCCUGUUUCCAGAUAUUGUUGUUUUUAAAUGGCUGUUCUUAUUAUUGCUAUUGUUAUAUUGGUGAGUUGUUGUAUUUUUCUUUUCUUUUUUUUUCUUUCUUUCUUUUUUUUUUUUUUUUACAUAAAAGGGAGUUAAAGUUGUAUCAUUUUUUAAUUAAUAGGAUGUUUUUAUUUGUAUUUUUUUCCUCUUUAUUUCUCUUAUGGGCGUGAUUAUUAUUGGCAGUGUUUUCAAUCUUACUGAAACCCUAGAUUUUUUUUUGGUUUCUUUUUGUUUUGUUUUGUUUUGUUUUUUUUAAUUUCCCCUCCAAGAUCUUAGAAGGAAUUAUUUUAAAAGAAGAUAUAAGUAGACUGUCAAAGAGAUAUGAGUUAUUGAGGGUUAUAGUCUGUAUAUUCUAUGGGUAUUAUGAAUUAAACGAUUAACAAAGAAACAGAAUUAUAUACAUAUAAUUAAAUAAAAUUUCCUGAUACUGUUACAA